AGAGUGUAUGAAGGGGGCAUUAAGGAAAAGUGUCCCAUCCUUCGAGAUAGCACGGAGAGUGUUCAAUAGAAACAGAACCGUUAUUGUUUUUAUUAUCUAUACCGGCUCCUUCAGUUCAGUCCAAUAGCGCAUCAGCAGCCCGGUGGUACCACUUGUCUUCUGUCUCUCGAACCUUAUCGGGAAAGAACACCGUUCGGGUUUGUGGGACCCGCACUUAAAGCCUGCACUCUCCCGCAGGCCCACUGGGAAUGUUCGAUUAACGUUCUUCCAUAUCCUGUCCCCGCUCAAAACUGGCGUCCGAAGAUGGGACCCACACAAACAAUUCCUUGUUGCUGAUGUUGAUGAGGUGGCUCCGUGUUGCAAAAACUCGGUAGACAUUUUCAGUCCUUAUACUAUACUAACUCGGCCAAACGGGACCUGAUGCUGGUCGCCGUCAACGCCGGCUGCGUUCUUAUCAUCACGUACGCAUCGUUCGCAUCGUCGUCCCGCACAGACCAAUCAGUCCCCGGUGGAACUGGAGGGAGGGCCGCGCACCAUGGCAAAGACCCAUAUCGAGAGAGUAUCGUGUCCCCCAGUAGUUUGGAAUUGGCAAGAUAAAAGGAAUGCGAAAAUAUCUUCAAGAUGCUGUCGUCGUUGCUGCUGAGGUGGGGGGGGAUCGAUGGGGCCGACCACAGAUACAUAAAAAGUGUAAAAUUAACAACCGGCCCCACCUCGCACCGCACCGCACACAGGGAGGGAUGAAUGGAAUCUUUAACACGCAGAGUUUUUGCUUGGACCGAACAGUAAUUGAAGUGGCUGGAAGUGGGACACUGAUUCCAAAACCGAUAUAAAUAACGGAACUUGCCUCAAAUAAUUCGAAAGUAUAUAUUAGCGCAGUGUGGCACACUGAAUUCUCGUUCAUUUCGUCUUUGUAAGUGGUGCGGAUUUUAAGCACGUAUUUAAUAAAAUCCAUGGCGCUUUUCUGCUAACAAAUCUAUCAAACAAGAUGGGAAGCAUCGUCGAAUUACAGCCAUCCCUGGAACUGGGGGGGAUGAAAACUGAAACGCAUAAUUAAUAGUACACCACCACCAAUCAUGCUGUUCCGGGCAGAUGAUGAAGCGAGCCGAGUGGCAUUUGUGUGGCUGACUAAACGAAACACAGUGAAGAGCAUAAAUAAGUAAUUGCUUCCCGUCAGACGCUAAGCUUCGCUGCUCUCUUUCCGCCAUGCGAAGGCACACUUUACGAAGCAGGAGGAAGCUUCAUUCAGCUAGAGAUGCCGUCUACGCAAAUGACAAACAUCAAAUCAAACACACGCUCAGAAACAGGACACGCAAAUGGCCAUCCACUCAAAGGGUUCUUCCACAAUCCGUGCACGGAAGGGUGCUGCUCGUCUAUACACAACAAGAGCCCGGCUACCCAAGCUAACGACCAAACCGGUGGCUCCCAAACCGCCUUCUGACCCACACAUUGCUCCUUGGGUCGUCAAUCAAAACCCGUUGUGGUCGAUUGGCUGAGUGUGCUUUAGCUAUCUGGUCGGAAGUUUGGCUAAGAGAACUAACAUUAACAUAAGCUUAUGGUCUCUUUACCAUCCAGGUUGGGGUGUGUGUUGAAUUUGUCCUACAACUAUUGAAUUAGAUCGCGAACAAACACACACAGUUUUAGCAAUACAAUGUUUUGUUGAAAAAGUACUAAUGUAUAUUAAUUUAAAAGCUCCUCAAAAUAUCCUCCCAUCACGUGGGAUCGUCGUCAUGGAUGAUUUUUCUGCACAUCGGCCAUCAAAUUAUAAUGAGAUCACCCUACGGCGAUAGAACGAUGACGAUGCACUGCAGCUAAGAGUCAACUGGAACUACGGUUAUGUCUUUGAAUGUCCCUGCCCCGUCCAAACCAUCUUUCACACAGCAGCGGAGGAGGGGAGCGCGGAACCGUUCAUCAUUCUCGUGACAAAACGAGACAAUACCCAACAGCGAAUCUCAACACCCGCUCAACAUCAGCUAAUCUCACCAACUUACCCCUUACAAUCCACCACCCAGUGCAUUUAGUGUGUUGCACGUUGUUGUGUUUCACUGCGCUGCGUGAGCGCGACUUAUAGAUACCCAAGAUGCCAGCAACAGCAGCCACCAUCUCAGUGAUGGCCGUCACCGCCAUUGCCGUUACAUUCCUUGCCGUAAUGGUUGGCCGAACCGAUGCGACUACAACUUCGCCGGUGCGAGUAAACAAAUGCUGCGAGAAGUUUGAGGUCGUGUACGACGGAAAGUGUACGGUCGCUUCCACCGUAAAUGCUACCGUAUGGAAGCCAGAGUUCAUUGGUCGAAAAGGCGAACGAAACGUGCAGGUCGACAACUAUCGUUUCAUCAUUGGCCUGCCGGACUGUGGCACGAAACAAAAGUUCAACAUCUACGAAUAUCACGACAGCUACGACAAAUUGAUUCUCUUUCCGGACGGUCAGCUACGGCAUCUGAUCCUGCGCCAUCAUAGUUCGAUGCAGGGCAGCGUCGGAAGCUAUCUCGACGAGGAUUACAUCGAUGCCGGUGACAGUAAUGUGCCGCUGCUACAGUACGACUACGAGCAGGGGCUGUACUGUAUGGAUCGCGCUAUUGGAAUCGCCGGCGAGGCCGGCGGCGAACUGAUGGAGGGCUUGAUAGCGAAGGUAUGCUCACCGAAGGAGGAAACACAUUGGACCGACAGUGAUGUGAUGCUGCGGAAGAUUAUUAACCCGAUCUGCCACGGGAUCGCAAUGAUCAUACUGCUCGUCGUGGCGAUCAUCUACUUCGUGCUGCCGACGCUGCGCGAUCUCGUCGGCAAUAUGGUGACAACGAUCACGAUGUGCUUGAUCGUGAGCCAGGCGGCCGAUCUGGUGCGCAUCUUCACCGAGUUCAGCAAUCACGUGAGUUUCCUGAUUGCGGACCUGUUCUUCUACGUCAGCCUGCUUGGCGCCUUCUUUUGGCUGAAUGCGAUGGGCUACUACAUCUGGAAGAUGUUUCGCACGCGCAACGUUUUUCUGCGGGUCAGCGACGGCCGGAAGUACUGCUGGUACUCGGGAUACGCCUGGGGCUGUACCGGUACGAUGGCGGCCAUUGCCGUGUUUGCUCACUACUUUCUCGACCUGCCCGGAAGCAAUCGCAGUGUGGCUGGUGCGGACACCCACCAAAGCGCGAGGGAAAGCUUUUUCGAGGGACAGGACAACAUCAGCUGGCUGGGCAUUGCCGUGUUCUUUACCCCGAUCGCGUUCAUCAUCAUCGUGAACAUAUUCUUCUUCGUCACAACGCUGCGCUUCAUCAAUCGGAUGCACACGUACGGACGGAUUCAUCAUAAGCUACGGUGCAGCUUCGUGAUGUUCACGCUCAUUUUUGCCACGAUGAGCGUCUCCUGGUUGUUUCUCAUACUUUCCUGGCUGCACUUUGACGGGCUGCUGUACAUGCACAUAAUCGCGAAUGCGUUACAGGCGCCCUGCAUCCUCUACAUUUGCGUGCUGCGUCAAAAGCAUGUCACAUUCCUAGUGAAAUCGUGCUUCCGCGACCAAGCACCUCAGACGACCGAGUGGGGCGACGAGAUGACAUACAUGAACGGUGGUGAUUACUAGCGUGGUGUGUGUCUUGGGGCGCAUGAUAAAUGUAAAUGCGUACAUCGAUACUAAGCGACCUUCCCUUGAGCCGUGGUGUAACAGUUCGAUUUCAAUCACUCACUCCAUCAAUCGUUGAUGUAAGGAUAAUUCUCAGUAAAAUUGGAGCAGAAUCCCCGUUUUGAUAUUUCAUAUGCACAAAAAAGACUACGAGUCUCAGUAAGGACAGCAAGAGGUGGACAAGUGGUGUAAUAAGUCCAUUACGACCGCACCAUUUGCACCGACGGAACCGUCCACUGGCAAAUUUUGAUUUGGUACUAGUAGUGUAAAGUUGUAGCGAGGUAUAUUAUGUUUUUUUACUAUGCCAGACGAACAAGAAACAUGCAUCUCAGGCCGAUUACACAUGCUUCCAGGCUUCCAAAUUGCAGUAUCAUAGUCAUAGUUUUUACACGCAUAUGUUGCAACCGCUACCUAGCUUAGUCAUAAAGUGUAACAAGAUUAGAACAACAACGUCUCCUUGUGAAUCGUAGACCGCAAGCAUAUUUUGCUAGUAUGUAUAAUUUGGUCAAUUACUCUUUUACUCUCUCUUAGCUAUCUGUUUAGCAAUUAGCGUAACAAUAAGUAAGAUAAAAAAGUAGAGCAUAUUUGUAUAAAGAGUAGACAUAUCGUAAGAUAGUUUGAUAAACAUAUUGGUGCAGUUGUACUUCUCGACACAACCAAACAGUGGCUUACCGCUAUUUUGGCGUAAAAAAUACUUCUAAGCUUACACAACAAUAAAUUACGCAAAAUGAUCCAAUGCGUUUGUUUAGAAAAUACAACGUAUUCGAAAAUAAACGUACUGUUGCAUAACAAACGAAA